UCUACCUCCCAUAUAGUUUGCACCAGCCAUCUUUGUUGAGCAAGAUAUAUUCCUUUGUGAUGAGAUUGAAGAUGAUCUAUAGCAAUUACCGUUCACCUCCUGCCACGACAUUGACACGGUCAAGCUACAGGGUCCCAUUCCUCCCUUCGGAAUUUUUAUUCUGAGUUGGAAAUGGAUGAAGAAGACGAUAUUGGGCUAACGAAUCUCAGUUCACGAAGCUUUGGUACCGCUAUGCACACCCCUCCUCGACGCUCACGACCCUCCCUUAUUAAAAUAUCUCGACAUUCUAGUACCCAUAGCCCGCUUAAGUCGCCUUCAUCUCCAAGUCUCUCCAAAGACUUCCAAUCUGGUGCUGCGUCUUCACGUAGACUGUCCAGGUCAAACACAUUACCGAAGUUGGCAACCGAACACGGGGAGUUUAGCUUGGAGACCUUCGGUUUGGAGAAUCUCGCUAUGGGAAAUGACAAAGUUGUAAAGCUCAGAAGGUGGAUACAUGCACUGGCUAUAGUCGAUUUCGAUUUGGAGUAUGGACCGAAGAUCACAAAAUUAUACCCUGCGUUGAUACUCAGCCCUUCCGAGUCUGAAAAUGUAGCAUUUUUGUCAUUCCCUGAUGCACCUCAAACUGAAGAAGGAUCAUAUCUUCAUUCGUUCCGGAUACGACACAAUAAUCCGGGGGAGGACAAACUACUGCGAUCAGAUGGUGACCGGCCCCACUCUGUUGACGGCUUCGUGUACGGAUUUUCACAUUUCACGCAACGAAGAGAUUCCUCUUCAAAACGUGGGUAUCAGCAACGUUCCCUCGUUAUUUUGACUCAACAUCCAUACCCCUCCUUAUAUUAUACCCUAUUAUCUCAUCUCGGACGAUCAUUCCUUCUGCAUGGUGGACCUAUGUUAGAGGUUGCCUGCCAUAAUAUUGCAAACUGGCCAGAUCCACUUCCAGGAUCGACAAUCGAACUUGGUUUUCUUGGCUCCGUAUUCAAUGCGGAGCUACCAGGUUCAGUAGACUCGCCUCAGGCACAAGGUGCAAUUGUGACAUUAAAUGAUUACGAUCAGGAGACACGAAUAUUCGCGUCUGUACCUCCUCCGCAUCCACCCAUUAUUGCUGCUUUUGAGGCUUGCAUGCCACAUUUAUGGUCGAUCUGGGAAUGUCUUGUCCUAUGUGAGCCAAUCCUGGUUUACGGGCCUUCUGCAGCUAUGGUCAGCCAAGCUAUAUGGUGGCUUCGAGAUAUUUUAAGACCCAUCCCGCUGACUGGCGACUUCCGCCCAUUCCUCACAAUUCAUGAUGUUGAUUACACGACAUUUGUGAAUCCUCGGCUCCCUCAGUCGGGCGUCAUAUUAGGUGUCACGAAUCCACUUAUCGAACGGGCUUGUAAACACUGGCCGCAUAUCGUCAGUCUUGGUUCCUCUCGGAGUAACAAGGCACAAACACCACGUACUCCUCGUACGCCUUGGACACCAGUUGAUAUGUCCAGCGUGUUCUCCGCUGGUCCUGCCCCCGGAUGGAAAUCCAAAACCCACAAGAGGUACAUUUCACGAGACCAAGCAUUACUCAAGCGAUGCCAGGAAGCGUGUGUAAGGGGUGACCUUCGAGCCAAGAUUGAGGCUUCGAAUGCGUUACGGCAGCAUUUUUCACAACGUACUACAGCUUUGUUGGUGCCUCUCCAACGGUACCUUAAUACCCUCAUUCCUACUCCUUCCGAGUCUGCAACGGUGGCAAACUUUCCUGCAUUCCCUUCCCUCUCCACCUCCUCUCUGGCAACGUCCGGAUCAGCGAGCUUGUUACCGCCUUCUCCGUCAUCGGUAGCCCCGACAUCGUCAUCGACUUCCUCUCUAACCACAGAUCCUGCUUCGUCUUCUUCCUCUCCUGUCAACGCCCGUCCUCCGACCUCAACCUCAUUGACUCGACUGCAUACGCCGUCACCUCAAAUUCCACACCACAGCGGGCUCCGUCUCAAAGCGUUCUCUACUGCUGCCUUCCUCGCUUCACUUUCUCGGUCUUCGUCGAGUGCCACUCCUCAUCCACCGAGUGUGCUGCCGUUUAAGAGUACAUCGAAGCAAAAGGAGUUUUACGAGCGAUGGUUGAGGACGAGAGCAUUUGGAGUUUGGAUUGGCGAGCAGGAGGAGGUCGUGAAGGGAGUGUUGGAGAAGAGGGUUUAUGAACUCUGACCUGUGAGUUCUGACAGUGUUUACAAAUUCUAUGGCCUUCAAUACCCGUGUUCGGCGACCUGCUCCCGGCUUGCAUUAUGCGCUACUCAGCUAUAAUAUUGUUGACUUGAUAAACUCCUGCUAUGGACUUGACAGCUCUUACUAAAGUCCAUUCUUGGUUUGUGACAUGACUCUGUUACUCUCAGUCUAGGUAUCGAUUUUUAGGUUUCAUUCCGCCUGAACUCGGCGUAUUUGCGGUCGCCACCAACCGCCGCUCAAAUCAAGUACGCGGUAAUUGGCAUACAGAAGGGAAGCCUGUUACUUUGGAAAAGCGAGGGGCAUCGAUUGCGGUCGGACGCAACGGGCACGUCGAUGGCUCGAACGCACCCGUCCCAGUGGCCUCUGCUCGCGGCAGUUGGCUGCCUGCUGUUGAAGCUGUCUCUACCAUGGAGGAGGCUUAGAAGAGAGUUCUUAUAUGAGAGAAGUUGGAGAUUUUAGUAACGAAGGAUCGUUUCAUACGGAUACCAACGAAUGCUGAAUAACCCUCAUUAUUAUUGCUAUUAGCUUUUUGGAGAGUCAUAUUGACAUCUUUGAUAUAUCCUCGAAUUCGAGUCCUGGGAGCUUUC